CGAUAGGCAACCGUAUCAUUACAUACCUAGGUACAUAGGUACCUAUGUAUUCCGUAAUGUAUGUGGUAAAUUUAGGUGACUCUUUUGAGCUUCCAGCGGAAGGCUAUGGAUGUUAAAAGAACGUUGAAAGAGCUAACGUCGCAUAAGUCACCAAUGGAGGGGCUACUCGCGAGGCUGAUGGCGUACUUUACUAUACAUUAUCGGCAGGUACAAGACGAUUACGGAGAUUACAUAUUAAAAGCUAGGGAAGUUGGGGAAGUUAUAGGGUCUUAUCUAGUACCCUAGAUAAUCGGACAAUGCUGACUUGCCCCACGUCGACCUAGACCCAGACUUUAGAAAUACCAGAAUACGGAAUACUUAGGACAAUCAUCAACCAUCGCCAACCAACACCUCAUCACCCAAUCAUACCUCGCCCGAUCUAAACCAUUGCCGCCUCCAUCAACUCGUCAGGCUUUCUUACUAUUCAAUUUCCUGACUUCCUAGCUACGAUAGAACAACUCUCUUAUUUAUUUUUCUAUCAAUAUCGAUAUCGCUCCUAAGGCGUUACUAUUAGCAUCGCUGUUGUGCCUCCUCAACAUUUCAAUUGACGAUCGAUCCCGAAAAUGGCCGAACCAACCGAGGGCGGCUCUGACCCUCAAGUCACCUUCAAGGUGAAGACGUCGGGCGACAAGCAGCAUACUAUCACCAUGGCCGAGACCGCGACCGUUUCCGAUUUAAAAAAUAAGCUUGCCGGUGCCGACUUCGAGGAUAUCCCUAUUGAUCGACAACGUUUAAUCUACUCUGGCCGUGUCAUGAAGAACGAGGAGCCCUUGAGCACGUAUAGGAUUAAGAACGGGAAUACCGUUCACCUAGUCAAAAGCGCUGCGAGCAACCCGACACCCGCCCCAGCCUCGUCAUCCACAUCCUCUUCUACACCUACAGCGCCCCAAAUUCCCACCAAUAUGGCGGCAGGUACAGCAAACAACCCCUUAGCAGGUCUGACUGGUGCAAGGUACGCCGGCCUGACCAACCUACCAUCCGCAGACAUGUUCGGUCCUGACGGCGGAAUGGUCGGUUCCAUGAUGGACGAAGAGCAGCUGGCCAAUAUGCUCAGCAACCCGAACGUCGCUCAACAGAUGAAUGAGAUGAUGAACAACGAUGCCUUCAUUGACAUGAUGAUUCAGUCAAACCCUAUGUUGCGAAACAACCCCAACGCCCGCGAGCUUGUGCGGUCGCCGCUUUUCCGCCAUAUGAUGACCAACCCUGACGCCUUACGAGGAGCUGCCCGAUUACAGCGGGCAAUGGGAGGUCGCCAAGCUGCUCAGAAUGCCUUUCCCAUGCCUGGUGUGACUGACACCACUCCCGGCAGUCUAUCUUCUAGCGAUGCAUCGGGUAACGCCAACAGCAAUCCUAGUAGUACCCAGAACGCCGGUAGCCAGUACAACCCGUUCGACCCAGCCACUUGGAGCAAUAUUCAAGUUCCAGGUGCCGGUGGUGGUGCUGCCGCUAAUCCUUUCGGCGCUUUCUUUAACCCAUUCGCAGCGGCUCAGCCAGCUCCAGGAGCGACUAGCCCGGGGGCAACCCAGGCGACAGGUGGCGCACAAACCGAACGCGGUAACACCAGUACCACCCAGGGCCAAGGAACCAGUACGGAAAAUCCCUCAAGUCAGCCCCCCAACCCUUUUGCUAGUCUCUUCGGUGGAAGCGGUGCCUUUCCGGGUACCGGCGCCGGCGCCGGUGCUGGAGCCGUUCCAGGCGCAAAUCCUUUGGGCAAUCUGCCCCCCGUGACCCCUGAGCUUUUACAGCAGAUGGUCCAAGUUCUAGGCAUGGGGUCGCCAUCAGGAUCACCCGCUCCACCAGACAACCGACCUCCCGAGGAACGCUACGCAGAACAAUUGAGACAACUGAACGACAUGGGUUUCUAUGACUUCGACAGAAACGUAGCCGCCUUACGACGAAGCGGCGGGAGCGUACAAGGUGCUAUUGAGCAUCUAUUAAACUCUUAACGGAAGUUGAAUCAUUCACGUCUCGUUACUCCAUCGUGUCUUUAACGUAAACGCUGUUAUGAGGUUAGGAUGAGUAUGGGUGUGGGCGAUGAACCCCUCAUAAGGAAGGAGGCGAUAGUAGGUACUUAGCUAGAAACCAGCAGUUGGAUUGAAGUCCAUGACUUGAUGAAUAUCCUUUCUAAGUAAGCCCGAGGUGGUGCUUUACCUUCGUAACGUCUUAUAAUAGCGAGAAAAGAAGCAACACAAUUCACCAAAGGCCUUUUACUCUACGUCAGUGCAACUCCUAUAUCCAUUACGUUGAUAGAUUAGAGGCUUAAUGAAGUAUAUGCUAUCAGCCCGG